ACUCCAAACUCCAAACAAUGACUUAUCAGACUUAUUUUUUAGCUUUUUGAAGAUCUUCAUCGAGGUAAGGCAAGAUUACAUUUAGGUAUCGAAGAAAGCUGUGAAAGGUGCUACAAUGUCCGUCUUCUAAAGAUGUAUGUUGAGCUGUAUGGAGACAACACCCAAGAAGACAAUAACAUGCCAGCUAUGGUCCACUUAAAAGUGAGACAUGGAAGCGCUUCAUAUUUUAAAGAUGGUUCUGGAAACAUCAAACAAUUUCGUCAGAAGCUGUCUAUUGAUACUUCCUGGCGAAAACUUGUAUUCAACCGAUUUGCGAUAACAAACACAGACAGGUGUAAUCAAGAUUCAAGGGAAGGGAACCUCGGUUCUUCAUUUUGCAUGACCAUGGAUGACCCUCGCCUUGAAGCAAUGUGCUGUAACUUCCUCAGUGACACUCCAUGUAACGAUGCUCUCAUUGGAGCUGCAGAAUGCCAGAGUUUAUUUGGAACUUACGACAUGGAAAUACCCAUUAAUGAGAAUGCUGAAUGUGGUGGCUCACCGCUACCAGAUAAGAAUUGUAGAGACUUCGAUAUAUCCAUCUACACCAAGAUGAAUGUUUGGUUUUAUUUUAUGUACUGGAGUGACGCCUAUCCCUCAUCUCCCAAUGAUCCAAGAUGCAGUGCUGAAGCAAAGAAAAGAGACGACGUGAAUCAUGUUGGAGCACACCUGAAAUCGCGUCUUACUUUGACUCACCGACCUUUGAAUACCUCUCACAGAAAAGGGACAUAAAGGUAGAUAAAGAUUCAUUUGUCUCAUUGCCAUAAAAGAAGAAGGAGAAAUAAAUAAAACUUAAUAAAGGUUAAAAAUGAAACUGGUCAAAACGCCGCAAAGUGUUUUUAAAAGCUCACUAAAACAAGUAAAUAAAAUAAGGGACCGUCCAUUUUUUUUUUAUCGGCAGGGGGUGGUGGCUGGUUGUUUUGAGGAGUGUCCACCCAAACAAAACAUGCAUGUAAAAGGAGGGGCAUGCAAAAUUAUUGUACUAUUGUACUUGUAUAUUCAAUAUAACAUAUUUCGUAAGAAUCAAGAGAGUAGGGGUCGUGUCAAAAGGACAUGGUCAAAG